AUGGACUUGCCGCCUGUGCAUCCUGGACCAGCCGAGGAUCAGAUAUUAGUAUUGCAGAGCGACCAUAGGUCCUCCUAUGUAUGGGAGGGACAUCUAUUGGAUCAGACUCUCCGCGCCAGGAGACCUGGCGAUUUGUGGGACUUCUUGAAGCAGAGACAUUUCCAUCCCCGCGUAGUCGAGCGCCUAGAGGCUACGGGCUUCCUUACGAUUUUUCGGAUUGGGCGGAUGCAGCUCGAUUGGUCUCUCAUCACGACGUUGAUAGAGCGGUGGCGACCGGAGACACACACUUUUCACUUGCCCACUGGAGAAGCCAUCAUCACGCUUGAGGAUGUUCAGGUUUUGUAUGGGCUACGUGUAGAUGGAUUGGCCGUUGCACUGCCCCAACCACAGGGUGAGGCUGCACUUAGAGGGGGCAGUCGCGUUUCUAUGACAGCUAUCAGAGAGCAUAUGGAGGUAUUGCACCCAGACAUUACCGGCGAGAUAGAGGCUAUCCAUAUUGAGCGGUAUACGAGGUUGGCGUUGCUCCUUCUUUUUGGGGGUGUCUUGUUCCCGAACACUUCGGGAAAUCUAGAGUAUGUGCCGGGCGAGCAUGGGCAGCCAGGUGGACAUAUGUGGAUUUCUGCCGCUUCUAUAGUUGACAACAUUUUCGAAUACUUUGUUCAUUACUCCGAAUUCUAUAUGUUCAUCUGGACGCCAUACAACGACGAGUUGCUAGCUCAGCUGCCCGAUUAUUCCUGA